AUGGCCGUCUGCGGCGACAAGUCCUGGGGCGAUCCCUCCCCCGAUACCGGUCCCCUUCAAGCGCCACAGCAUGAUCUCGAGUCUCCUCGCUUCACCGGGAACAGCACCGCGACACCUCUUCCCCUGUAUCUUGUUCUCUUGAGCCUUUCUUGCCUCAAGGUUGUCUCCGCCCACGCUCAGCCCAUUGAGCACUACCCCUUGCCUUCCGACCACCAGCGCCCUACGCCUCUCCUCAACGCCAUCGGUGCCGCCGCCAGCUGGGGCGUGAGUUCCAUCGCCUCAUCUGCCGGAUACAACUUCGUCCCCCAGGCCGCCGACCAUGCUUUCGCCAAACGCCACCUCGAGUCCGGUCACAUGGACACGAAGCGCAUCGUCUUCGCGUGCAUGAUCCCCGUCCUCGUCUGUCUGUCUGGCGUGUUUGCUGGCCUGACCCUUGCUUACUUCUCCGUCGACCAGACGCAGCUGCAAGUUCUCGCCGUCUCAGGUACUCCGAAGCAGCAAGAAUACGCCCGCAGGACCAUGCCCGUUCGCAAGGACAGCCACCUCCUUCUGACCACGCUCAUUCUCGGCAACAUGAUCGUGAACGAGGCGCUUCCGGUCAUCACCGAUGGUGUGCUCGGCGGUGGCAUCUACGCUGUCAUUAUUUCGACAGUCCUCGUCGUCAUGUGA